AACACAACCCACGUACCCACCUCAAAGCACAGUGUUUGCUUGUCUAGCAAGAGGAGAAAACUCCUAACUUGGCCGAACUCGUUCCUUCUCUCGCAAUGGGACUCGGGAAUGUCGAAACAUCGUCGUCUUUGAUGGUAGAUUUCCUCCGUCAGUCUGGCGGAGUCGCCGUGAUCGACGGUGGCCUCGCGACGGAGCUCGAAAGUCUAGGAGCAGACCUCAACGACCCUCUCUGGAGCGCCAAAUGCCUCCUUACUUCGCCUCAUCUCGUUCGAAAGGUACACCUUGAUUAUCUUGAAGCUGGUGCGGAUAUAAUAAUCACAGCAUCUUAUCAGGCAACAAUUCAGGGGUUUGAGGCUAAAGGCUUUUCUCAAGAAAAAAGCGAAUCUUUGCUUAAAAGAAGUGUGGAAAUUGCCUGUGAGGCACGGGAUAUGUAUUAUGAAAGAUGUCUUGAAUGUUCCUGUGAUAGUACCGGUGAUGGUAAAAUUCUCAAAAAUCGUACCAUCUUAGUUGCAGCAUCUGUGGGGAGCUAUGGGGCUUAUUUAGCUGAUGGUUCUGAAUACAGUGGGGACUAUGGUGAUGCAAUGGAUCUCAAGUUUUUGAAGGAUUUUCAUCGGAGAAGGGUUCUGAUUCUAGCAGAAUCUGGUGCUGACCUAAUAGCAUUUGAAACAGUGCCAAACAAGCUAGAAGCUCAGGCUUAUGCACAGCUUCUUGAGGAAGAAGACAUAAAGAUUCCUGCAUGGUUUGCCUUCAACUCCAAGGAUGGUAUUAAUGUGGUCAGUGGUGAUUCUUUGCUUGAAUGUGCCGCAAUUGCAGAAUCAUGCAAGAAAGUUGUGGCUGUUGGAAUCAACUGCACCCCUCCUAGAUUUAUACAUGGUUUGAUUUUGUCUAUUAAGAAGGUGACAACUAAACCAAUACUUAUAUAUCCAAACAGUGGUGAGAGUUACGAUGCUGAUCGAAAGGAGUGGGUGCAAAAUACUGGGGUUUCAGAUGAUGAUUUUGUCUCUUACGUGAGUAAAUGGUGCGACUUGGGAGCAUCCCUUGUAGGAGGUUGCUGCAGAACCACUCCGAACACUAUCAAAGCCAUAUAUAGGACCCUUUCCAAUAGAUCCGCUGCCUUGUCUCUGGAAUAAUCACACUGAUAAAUGAAACUGAGGUCUUCAAUUAUCACUCCUACCCGGAUGCUGAUCAGAUUUGGUGAGGUUAAACUUCUAUUGUCGUUGCAAGUUGGGGGUGGAGAUCCUGGCCCAAGGUGUCACAUGGUUUGGUUGGAACCAGGUUCCUGUUUCAGUGGAGAUGAGGUUUAAUUGGAUGGGGUAAUUUUUUUAUUUUUUAAAAUUUUUUUUUUUGCUAAGCAGAGCUUAUGGGAGGCCAGGUGUAUUACUUUUGUCAGGUCAUUUUCGGGCGCUGUAAUGUUAGCAUGAUAAAUUAUACUCUUAUAUAAUUAUGUUCGAAAUUUAUUCAGGUA